ACGUCGGCACGGCCCCGGCGUGGUUCUGUGUCGGCUGGGGAAGCGGCGUCCCGAGUUCGAGAGCCCAGUGCCGGCGGAGAGGCCGGCUGUGGCGCGGUGGCUGUGGCGCAGGGAGGUGCCGGCUUCGUGAGCUGGGUGUUGGGACGGGCACCGGUAAUCGCCGGCCGCGCUCGUGGCUGGGCAGGGGAGAUAGGCCUGUGCCCGGCAGCCUUAUCGUGGAGCAGGGAAGCGUUGCCGGUGAGUUUUGGGGUGGGAGCUCUGCGAGGAGCUCAGCUCCCAGCCCGGCUGUGGGGAGCUCCAGCCUGCUUCCAGCCUCUGCCUCUUGGCUUUGCUGAUCCCCCGAUACAAUGAGGGUAGUGGUGUUUGACCACCCUGUAGGUGCCGGUGAGGCCGUGAGCGCCCGUCCCUUCCCUGCCGCGAGCGCCCGCCGCCGGCGGGCCCCGGGCAGCGCGCAGCCAUGACGACCUCGGCCCUGCGCCGGCAGGUGAAGAACAUAGUGCACAACUACUCGGAGGCAGAGAUCAAGGUGCGGGAGGCCACCUCCAACGACCCCUGGGGGCCUCCCAGCUCCCUGAUGUCGGAGAUUGCGGACCUCACCUUCAACACGGUGGCCUUCGCCGAGGUCAUGGGCAUGAUCUGGCGGCGGCUGAACGACAGCGGCAAGAACUGGCGCCACGUGUACAAAGCCCUCACCCUGCUGGACUACCUCAUCAAAACCGGCUCCGAGAAGGUGACCCACCAGUGCCGGGAGAACCUCUACACCAUCCAGACGCUGAAGGACUUCCAGUACGUGGACCGCGAUGGCAAGGACCAGGGCAUCAACAUCCGGGAGAAGGUGAAGCAGGUGAUGGCGCUGCUCAAGGACGAGGAGCGGCUGAAGCAGGAGCGGGCGCACGCGCUGCAGACCAAGGAGCGCAUGGCCCUUGAGGGCAUGGGCAGCGGCAGCCACCAGGCCGCCUACGGCCGCCGCACUUCACCCUACGGCGACGACUACGGCCGGACGCGGGGCUCGCCCUCCUCCUUUAACUCAUCGUCCUCAUCCCCACGGUUCGCCUCUGACCUGGAGCAAGCGAGGCCGCAGACGACGGGCGAGGAGGAGCUGCAGCUGCAGCUCGCCCUGGCCAUGAGUCGGGAGGAGGCCGAGAAGAAGCCACUUCCUCCACUUUCCAGUACAGACGAAGAAAGGCAAUUGCAGCUAGCGCUCGCGCUGAGCAAAGAGGAGCACGAGAAGGAGGUGAGGGCUUGGCAAGGGGAGAACUCCCUGCUGCAGAGAGCCUUGGAAGAGACUGCCCAGGGUGGGGAGGAAGAGGAGGAAGAGGAUAAGAUGAAGAAAAGCCAGUCCUCUAUCCUGGAGCUGGCAGAUAUAUUCGGGCCGGUGCCAGCCCCCUCCAGCCACACGUCUGUCGACCCAUGGGAUGUGCCAGAUGUGAAGCCCAAAGCGGAGCCGGUAGCCUGGACCGGCACGACAGACCCCUGGGUGCCAGUGCCGGCCGGCAGCGGGGAGCCCCUGCCCCAGGCAAGCGCCUCGUCCCAGCAAACCCCCGCCGGGCCCUGGGAUUUCCACCCCGCCACUGCCGAUCCGUGGGGGAAGGCACCUGCCCCUUCUGGCUUCUCUCCUGGGGACCCCUGGGGGACAACGUCCCCUCCUGCCCAGGGCUCCGGUGCUGUGCCGGCGACCGACCCUUGGGCUGCUGUGGCUGAGCCACCUCCUAACCCCGCUGCAGGGGGGGACGCUUUCGACCUGUUUGCAAAACCUCCCGAGGCGGCUGAGCAGCCGGAGCCGGAGCAUUCGCAGCCGCCCUCCUCGGCCAAGUCCAGCAGCCCCGCGGAGCUGGACCUCUUCGGAGACCUGUUCCCCAGCACCAAGCAGGACGGGGCGAAGAGCUUCGACCUCACCAACCUGGCAGACUCCCUGGCCGAGUCCUGCAAGGAGCGGAAGGACUGUAAAACCCCUGAGGCCUUCCUUGGCCCCGCCGCCUCCUCCCUGGUCAACCUGGACUCCCUGGUCGCGCCGCCGCAGGCAGCCAAGACGCGCAACCCUUUCCUCUCGGGUCUCAGCACGCCGUCCCCCACCAACCCCUUCAGCCUCGCCGAGCAGCCCAAGCCCACGCUCAACCAGAUGCGGACCAGCUCGCCCGUGCCCGGCCUGCCCACGGGCCUCCCUGUCAACGCCAUGACCUACAGCGCCUCGCUGCCGCUGCCGCUCAGCAGCGUCCCCGCCGCCCUCCCCGCCUCCGCCAGUGCCUUCCCCCAGGCCGGCGCCGGGCCCUUCCCUGAGCUCCCCAGCACCCUGCCGCAGCCCUUACUGCCGCUGAGCGGACCCCCAGCCCCCCCGGCCUCACAGGGGGGCCUCAACCCCUUCCUCUGAAGGCUCUGGACCAGCAGCACGUGUAGGCUCUCGCCCCUUCCCCGGCUGUUACGGCCCCCCGGCAUUUCCUCCUGCAGAGACCCUUAGGGCAGCCGGGUCACUCGCCGCAGCGGAGGACGCCUCGCGCCAGGGGGCAUGGGCAGCCAGCAUGGAACCCACAAGAGGAGCCCGGCCUCAUGGGGUGACCCCCGCAGCCACCAGCGGAGGGGCCAUUGCAAGGGCUUCGUUUUUGGGGCCCCACGCAUCGGGCGGGGGUCCCAGUGCCAGCACUGCGCUCUCGCUCCCUUUUGUCGCGGCGCUUGCAUGGAGCCCCCGGGGCUGCCGGCUGCGCUACGGGACGGUCCCGGGGCCGGGGAGGAUUUGGAGCUUUCCCCUUUCUGCUCCUUUUUCCCUUGAAAUGUGCCCCCCCCGCCUCAAUCUCAUCCCCCCAAAUGCUUCGCGCUCUCCCCGCUCUCCUGGAUGCCGCUGCUCCGCUUGGCCCCAUGGCCCUGCUCUCCUGUCACCUGUGUUAUUUGCCAGCCGGGGGUGCCCCGGCCCCGCACCCCCUGUAUGCUCAGCGGACUUUGAGCCCCCCCCAAAAUCUCUGGAGCCCCCCCCCAGAGCCUCGAGCAGAGCCUGGACCGGGACCUCCCGACCCCAGCAGCCGCUGCCUGGGGUUGGGGUGCGGAGGCGGGUGGUGCUCGGGGGGUGUCAAGGGGAUGUUAGGGGUGGGCCAAGGGGGGGGGUCUGGGGAAAUCCUGGGGGGGUCCAGGGGGUGUCGGGGGUGGGGGGGUGGCAGGCGUAAUCGCUUCGGUGCGUGCGUUAGCACCCGCUGCACGGUACCGGGGGCUCUGCGGCUGUACCUAGGACCCCGUGAAGCGACCGUACGACAAUAAAAUUCUCCA